UCUGGCCCUGGGCCUCAGAGGCCCGCCUGUAACGAGGUGGGCAGAGCUCGGCCACAGCACCUCCAGCUCCCAGCCCCGGGAAGGAGAGCGCAUCGUACCCAGCACGCACCCCGCCGCCCCGGGAAGGAGCGGUGGCGGGUCAAACCCUUGCCUCAGUGCGUCUCCCGCCCUGGCUACGGGACGGUGGGCAGAAUCAGGCCCCUCCGCUGGGAGGGGGCAUCAGGAUGGCUGAGCGGCUGGGCCCCCCCGGGCGGAAGGGGGUGUCCCGUCCCCCUCGCUGCCAGGCUCGGGGCUCCUGACUCUCAGCCCUCGCCCCAGCAGGAGAAAGACAGCCGCCCGAGCCCCCGCCCCAACCCCAGACCCACCCACGGCACCCCAGGGCGGGCCCUGCAGAGGUCCCGGGGCCAGCCGGGUGGCACGCGCUCCGACAGCGCCAUCGUGCACCAGGAGAUAACGGGCCAGGAGCGCCUCUUCCAGGGCGCCUUCCUGGGCAACGAGACGCGCAGCGUGGAGUUCAAGCGCGGCGGCGGCGAGUACCUGAGCCUGGCCUUCAAGCACCACCUGCGGCGCAACGUGUGCGCCUUCCUCAACAGCGAGGGCGGCAGCCUGUUCGUGGGCGUCGAGGACAGCGGCCUGGUGCAGGGCGUGCGCUGCAGCCACCACGACGAGGACCGCGUGCGCCUGCUCGUGGACUCCGUCCUGCAGGGCUUCCAGCCCCAGGUCUUCCCCGACGCCUACACGCUCUCCUUCAUCCCGGUGGUCAGCACCUCCGCCUCCGACGCGCCGCUCAAGGUGAUCCGCCUGAGCGUGCACGCCCCCAGGGCCCAGGCCGAGCCGCAGCUCUACGAGACCGACCAGGGGGAGGUGUUCCUGCGGCGGGACGGGAGCAUCCAGGGCCCGCUGUCCGGCCACGCCAUCCAGGAAUGGUGCAGGCAGAAGUGGGCGGCCAAGCUGAGCAAGCUGGAGCAGAGGCUCAAGGUGCUGACGGCGGAGAAGGAGCAACUGAGGCAGCAGCUGCAGCAGCCCGCGCCCGUCUCCUGCACGUGCUGCGUCCUGUGACGGCCCCGGCGCGCGGGCGGGCGACAGAGUGGCGCAGGGGAGGCCAGCUCCACUGGCAGAUGCGGGACUGCCUGUGUGAGCCCAAGUCCUCGCCCUGAAAGCCAUCUGGGCUGCUCGGAGGUGGAUGGGAGCGCAGCCGUCCACGCUCCUUCAACAACAGCCCGAGGGCAGGCUUCAAUCCUGAGCAGACCCCGGACUUUGGAGCUGAGGAACUGCUCUUAGCCUGAGCCCCCAGGAACCUUACUUCCAGAAAGAACUGCUAAAAACUCGGCCAGAGCCAUCCCAGGGCCAAGCUGUGAGGGACUGCCCUACUCCCUCAGACGCUCAUUUUGCCCGGGCUGGGGUCUCUGACCCCAGCGGCGAGACGGGCCAGAAAGGAACGUGUCCUCUUCGGAAAGCCUUUCUGCCAAUGGCAAGGCACACUCAGUCACCGGGCACCCGACCCUGGGCUUGCUGGAACUUGUGAUUGUCCCAGCUCUUGAAUAAAUUACAUGCACCUGG